AUGUCUGGUACUGACGUUACCGCGUGGCCCCCGAGCACUGUGACUGGGGCUGAGGGAGCACCUGUUCCCUGUGCAAAAUGGGAGUCGCAGCUGCGACAGCAAGACGCCGGCCUGAAGACCUGCCUGGACCGGCUGGGCCGGCACAUCGGCCAGCUGCAGCUGGGGGCCAGCAGAGCCCCUGCUGAGGCCCUGGACAGCGACAGCAGGCCCAGCUCAGGCUUCUCCGAGCUGAGCGACGGUGGCUCCUGCUCCCGGUCCGCGUCCUGUGCCUCUGUGUACAGUGACUGGGGUGGCUGGCUGCCUGCGACCCAGGCCCUCGAGGCCAGGCCCAGCGUGGGAGACUGGAGGCGCCGGUCAGCCGACGAGACAACCAUGCCAGUGUGGAGGCCCCAGGCCACCGAGGAGAGGGGCAGCCUUUCAGGCAGCAUGGAGGGUACAGGCCAGCUGCGGGCCAUGUUCCGGCCCAGGCCCGUGUCUACAGGUGACCUGGACAGACUCCCACCAGCCUGCGUGAAGGUCCCGAGAGCCAGCACUGGCCCUAGGCCAGCCGCCGCCCUCCUGGCUCAGGGGACAGGCACCCUGUCCCCUGAGCUAGACCCCAAGUUCCAGCGGGACCUGGUGUCCAGGGGUGGCAGGGAGGUGUACCCGUACCCCAGCCCCCUACACGCUGUGGCGCUGCAGAGCCCUCUGUUCGCUCUGACCAAUGAGACGGCUCAGAAAGGUGACCUCCCGGCUGCCGGGGAAGACCCUGUGGGCCCCGCAGGCCUGAGCAAGCCCGGGACUGGAAGGGCCUCCGAGGCUGCCUCUGCCCGAGCCUACAUUGACAGACUGCUGUGUCUGCGGGGCAGGCGGGGUCCCCCAAGGGGCUGGGCGGGCGAGCAGGGCCUCUCAAGACGGGAGCUGCCAUCUGCUGUAACUCAGGGUGGCCAGAGAGUGGACACAGAGAGCCGGCCUGAGAAGCUGGUCUGUGCCUCAGAGGGAGGGGGCGUGGGAGGUACAGCCCCCAGCAGACCUGGGCACCAGGGCCCUGCACCCCCCAGGGCUGCCCAGCUCCCCGGCAGCCUUCCAGAGGAGAGGACGGCACCCUUGCGCCAAAAUGAGCCUGGGGAGACCAGUGGGGGCCCCGCUCGCUGCGCCCAGACGCGACAGCCGUGCAGGGCUCCUGACCCCCAGAGCCCACUUCUGGCCUGCACGAGCUCUGUCCAGCCACCCCUGGCUGCCCACCAGACUUCCCUGGAGAGGCUGAAAACAGGCCAGCCCUGGACAAAGGCCCUGAAGAUCAGUCGGAGGGCCAGUGAAAGGGCCCCAAGGUGCAAGAAGCAGCUGCCCCUGCUGCCCGAGAGACAGCGGGGUGCACACGCAGCCCCCAGGCCACCCCUCGGGGGGCGCCCUCCCUGCAGGCCCCCCAGCAGAGGUGGGCUCUGGAGGAGGCCCACCCUGGCCGGGGAGGCACCCGGACGGACCCGCUCUGAGUCUGCCCUCUACCCGGUGCCCUUCUUUGUCCCCCUGGUUGUGGCCGGACAGGGGGGCUUUCGGGUGUCGGCCCAGGCCCUGUUUCCCUUCGAGGCUGCACCCCUGGCUGCGGUGUCCAGGAAGAAGCAGCGUCGGUGGCAGUCCUCCGUGGAGAUCCACACCAAGGCCCAUGUGGCCGGUUGUCCCCAGCCCAGGAGAGCAGGUGGCCCGCAGGCCCGAGCCAGGCCCCGGCCAGCCCACCCGGACACCAAGAGCGAGUCGGAGCACUGGGCUGCGUGCACCUCGCUAUUCCACUCCACCAUCGCUGAGACCAGCGAGGAUGAGGCCAGCGACCACACGGCCAACCGCUUUGGGGACCACGAGUCGGGCGCCAGUGACUCCGAGGGCAGAGGCGGCAGCCUGGCCCUGGACAGGCUCGCAGUGGCACAGGGACGGCCAGCCUGGCCUCAGGGGGGCCCCCGGCAGCCACGGCACCCCGUGCCUAAGCUAUGCCGCAUUAAGGCUUCCAAGGCUCUGAAGACAAAGAUCCGGAGGUUCCAGCCGGCCGCACUGAAGGUGAUGACCACAGUGUGACGCUGGCCUCCAGGCCCCACGACCUGCCGCCUCCUGCCACCCAGCCGGCCGCCCCAAGAUCUGGAGGGGAUGCCAACUGUGGGGGCGCAGGCGCAUCACCUUGCCCGUCGGCGGCAUCCGUGUCACCCCUGGAACCGGCGUCCCACUCACUGCACGGGCUCUGCCACGCAGCACGGCCGAGCUCUGUGGUGAGCGCACCCCCAGGACGUUCCUGGAGCAUCCUGCGGCUCGAGGUCACCUGGUUUCGGCAUCUCCAGGCAGAUAUCCCGGGCCGCUGGCCCCGGUGCCCGUCCUCCUGCUGCUCCCAUCUGCCCUGUCCCCGCCAGGGGCAGGUGCCAGACUAAGCCACGCCCCCGCUGAAGACAAGGUUCUGGACUGCCCUGGAGGUUGGGUUUGAGCUAGAGGUCUGUGACGCUCUCACCGCAAAUAAAUGCCCCGUCCACACCACGAUGCCCUCUCCCUCCCCGGCCCCCUCGGCUCCUUGCCUGGCAUGUGGCUCCCCUCCGCCUGCCCUGCGUGUGCCCUCCUGGGGACCGGCGUGCGUGGUAGGUCUGGACCUCGCCUCCGGGAGAGAGAAGGACGGCA